GGCGGCCGGAGAGCCUCAAAAGGGCAUAGAGGGAGGCGCCGAGCCCAUGGAACCAUCCCUUUGGCCCUGGAGUCUGGCACCCAAACGAUAACAAAGUUUUUAUUCCAAGACCUGGAUAGAAGAGAAAGUCCUGCGCAUCUAAAACCCAGCUGGCGGGAAGUGGGGUGCGCAGCUUGGCGUUGGGGAGCUACCCCGGAGCUCAGAAGACAGGGGCGAGGCUCGACGUGGGCCGGACAAUGGGAACCCCAAAGCCGCGGAUCCUGCCCUGGCUGCGUUUGCAGCUGGACCUGGGGCAGCUGGAGGGCGUGGCCUGGGUGGACGAGGGCCGCACGCGCUUCCGCAUCCCCUGGAAGCACGGCCUGCGGCAGGAUGCCCAGCAGGAGGACUUCCGCAUCUUCCAGGCCUGGGCUGAGGCCAGCGGCGCCUACGCUCCCGGGAAAGACAAGGAAGACCGGCCGACCUGGAAGAGGAAUUUCCGGUCCGCCCUGAACCGGAAGGAGGGGUUGCGCCUGGUGGAUGACCGGAGCAAGGACCCUGUCGACCCCCACAAGAUCUACGAGUUUGUCACACCAGGAGUAGGGGACUCUCCUGAGCCAGACAUGUCUCCAGACACCAGUGGCAGAGACAGUAUUCCGGAUACCCACGAGGACAUUUUGGAGGAGUUACUGGGUGACAUGAUCUUAGCCACACUGCCUGAUGGGGACCCCCCGGGCCUGGCCGUGGCCCCUGAGCCACCCCCUCAGCUCUUGCUGAGCCCCUGCUUGGACAUCCACGCUCCCUGUCCAGACCUGGCACCCCCCAAAAACCCACUGAGGGGGCUGUUGGUUCCGGAGGACGAGUGGGAGUUUGAGGUGACUGUCUUCUACCGGGGCCGCCAGACCUUCCAGCAGACUGUCUUCUGUCCAAGGGGCCUGCGGCUGGUGGGGUCUGAGGCAGAGGAGCAGACACUGCCUGGGCAGCCGAUCCGACUGCCAGACCCUGAGAGUGCCCUGACGGACCAGGGCGUGGUGGGAUACGUGCGGCGCGUGCUGAGCUGCCUGGGGGGCGGCCUGGCCCUGUGGAGGGAGGGGCAGCGGCUCUGGGCACGGAGGCUGGGGCAGUGCCACACGUACUGGGCCAUGGGCGAGGAACUGCUCCCCGACAGCAGGCACGGGCCAGACGGCGAGGUCCCCAAGAACAAGGAUGGAAGCGUGUUCGACCUCAGGCCCUUUGUAGCAGAUCUGAUUGCCUUCAUCGAAGGGAGUGGAUGCUCACCACGCUACACAGUCUGGUUCUGCAUGGGGGAGGCAUGGCCACAGGACCAGCCGUGGGUCAAGAGGCUCGUGAUGGUCAAGGUCGUUCCCACGUGCCUCAGGGCCCUGCUGGACAUGGCCCGGGUGGGGGGUGCCUCCUCCCUGGAGAACACCGUGGACCUGCACAUCUCCAACAGCCAGCCGCUCUCGCUCACCUCCGACCAGUACAAGGCCUUCCUGCAGGACCUGGUCGAGGACAUGGAUUGCCAGGCCAUGGGGGAGGCCUGA